ACUUUCUGUCCUAACAUAAGCAUAUAUCCAUUUUCACCACCUUUGAAAACUUUUGUAACAACACCAGAAAUUAAAUACCAACAACUACUAUACAGAAAAUCUCCUAGAACAACUCCAGAAAAGAAAAAUUAAAGAGCCAACAUACAGAGAGAUGAAGCUGGUUUGGUCUCCUGAAAAAGCAUCUAAAGCUUAUCUUGAUACUGUUAAAUCAUGCGAGUUAUUGCAAGAAUCCAACGUAGCAGAGUUAGUAUCAGCCAUGGCAGCAGGAUGGGACGCACAAAUGAUCGUAGAGACAUGGUCACGACGUGGGGACGACGUUACGUCAACCAGUAUCGGCCUCUCUAUCGCCAGCAAACACACAGGUGGCAAACAUAUUUGCAUAGUGCCCGACGAAGAUUCAAGAAUUGAGUACAUAUUAUCAAUGGAUAAAACCACCGGAAUGUUUCCGGAAGUUGUCGUUGGCGAGCCGGAGGAAGCAAUGGAGAAUUUAGUAGGAAUAGAUUUUUUGGUAGUAGAUAGUGAAAAAAAUGAUUUUUCAAGAAUUUUGAAGGUGGCUAAGUUAAGCCAUAGGGGUGCAGUUUUGGUAUGUAAAAAUGUGAGUUCAAGAAUUGUUUCGGAUUUUAGAUGGAGAAGUGUACUGGACGGAAAAUCAAGAAUUGUACGGUCGGUUUUUUUGCCGGUCGGAAAAGGAUUGGAUAUUGCUCAUGUGGGGGCUACCGGCUCCGGCACAGGCGAAGGGAAGCGUGGUACCGGCGGGAAGGUGGUGAGGAAAUGGAUUAGAAGGUUUGAUAGAGAAUCUGGUGAGGAGUUUGUGAUUCGAAAGUGAAAUUCUUUUGCUUUUGAUUCUGACAAAGAAGAGGAAACUUGGAGCAACACUGAAAUUGUUUCUAACAAAAAAAUUGUUCUUGAUUUUUCUUGUCUUUCUCUUUCAUUUCUUUUAUUGUAUUAUUUUUACUUUUUGGGGCAUUUUUGGGUGAUGUACAAAGAUCAUACAAAGUUAACAGAUCUCUGGUUUGCCAGUGUUGGUUUAUUUGCUGGUGUGAUUUUUUUGACAUUGAGUUCAUGAGCUGUACAUAAUAGUUUGAGAUUGUGUGUGAACUUGAAGUAGCAUUUGUAACAAAGAGAA